AUGGUGGAUAUCACUAAGGAAUUUACGCAAUUGGCCUACGAGGCUAAAGAAGCUUAUGUGUCGUUGUUGUCGGACAUCGACGCCACGGACAAGAACUUCCAAAUAGCAUUGUUUUGCAUCGUUUUCAAUCCGACUUUCUGGAAUAUCGUGGCUCGCUUGGAAUACAACACUCAUUUUAUAACGAAACUUACCGGAUCCGCGAAAAGAGGUUGUUACUUGCUUGCGUUCACAAUCUUUUCGCUUGGGAUUGUGCGUGAUUACUUCUUCCACCAAGCUCUGGGCCUGCAACCAACAUCUGCCAUUUUGGACAACGACAUUGUCAAGAAGGUGGGGAUGGCCGUGAUGGGCGUUGGGCAGGUUCUUGUCGUCACUUCGAUGUACCAAUUGGGUGUGACCGGUACGUACCUGGGGGAUUACUUCGGUAUUUUGAUGGACCACAUCGUUACUUCAUUCCCAUUCAACGUUAGCAAUAAUCCCAUGUACCACGGGUCCACGUUGUCGUUUUUGGGGACUUCGCUGUACUACGGGAAGGCUGCGGGCCUUUUCGCCACCAUGUUGGUGAACUUGAUGUAUAACAUUGCACAGCAAUUUGAGGAGCCUUUCACGGCCAAGAUCUACGCCAAGAGAGAUGCGGAAAAGGCCUCUAAGUCUCAGUAA